AUGGACGACGUUGAGCGAGGAAGCGAUCAAAAGAGGCUUUUGAGUCCCUCUCUAACGAUCUCCACCGAUUUCAACUUGGACCAUCUGGAAUCUUCGUCUUAUAGUUCAGCUACGGAGGACAAUGGCGAGAAAUCGCCAUUUCUUCCUACCCAAGAUGAUGAUGAGAGACCGCAACUGCUGAGGAGUCAAUCAGAGGGCUCUUUACUGAGUCGAGUCUCUACAGGUUUCUUUGGCGUUUCCAUAUUCUUCUUCAUUUUCUAUGCAUCAGAUCUGCUUUACCCUGCGGCUGCACCGCAUCGUUCUCAAACGGCGGUCUAUGUGGUCAAAGAACCGAUACCAUCAUCGCCACAAUUGAGGGACUCGUCGGAAUAUGUUUUGGGCUCUUCGUGGGACUUCAACGCCGUGCCAAGCAUCAGAGAGUACUAUUGGACCAUCAGCGAUGCGAUCUUCAACCCUGAUGGGAUCUUUCGGCCGAUGAUGCUCAUCAACAACCAGUUUCCCGGACCUCUCAUUGAGUGCAACGAGGGAGACACCAUUGUUGUCCACGUCCGCAACGAAGCCGUCAAUGCCACAGCCAUUCAUUUUCACGGCAUGUAUCAAAACGGCACGAACUCCAUGGACGGCACCGUCGGCGUGACGCAGUGCCCUAUUGCACCCAACGCGACGUUCACGUACAGGUUCACGGUCGAGAACCAGUCAGGAACGUAUUGGCACCACGCACAUCACAGCAACCAAGCUUCUGAUGGACUCGUCGGGCCGCUCGUCGUCCACCCGAGAAAAAACCAGGGAACCAGAGACCAAUACUCGACUGAUCGGGUUGUCAUGAUCUCGGACCACUAUCACAACACAUCGGCCGAGUUGUUGAUGGACUAUCUUCAAUCAGACCAAGAGAAUGAAGAGCCUGUGCCGUCGAGUGGCCUCAUCAACGGGCGCAACUAUCGCGAUUGUGCUAACUUUGACGGAUGGAGUUGCCAGAACGAGAAAUCUCGUAUAUCCUCGUUGGAAACCUUUAGCCUGGCUCCAAAUGAGCGACAUCGCCUGAGGUUCAUAAACACUGGUGCCUUUGCCGAAUUUCAGAUCGAAAUCGACGAGCAUCCGCUCUACAUCACCGAGGUCGAUGGGACUGAUGUCCGCCCUGAACCCUUCCACCGCCUCAAUAUCCUUCCGGCACAGCGCUACAGUGUGGUCAUUGAGACUAAUCUCACCACUGCCAACUCAUUCUGGUUGCGAGCUAGGAUGACCACGCACUGCUUCGCACGAGAAAAUCCCUGGCUCGAUUCAGAAGUGAAGGGGAUCAUCCGGUAUGCCACACCAGGACUCUCUAGCAAAGAGAAGACGUAUGAAUCGGCAUCGGAGCUCAGCGAACCACAAAGCAAGAGCUGGGACGAAGCUAUAGAUGUCGACUGUCGAGACAUGAACACAACUUUACUCAGACCUGUCGAUGCAAUUCCAGCACCCAAUGUCACAGCCACAAUGUACCUCCGCGCCAACUUCGAAAUAGGAGCAUGGCGUCUAUCGCGGGGCUUCUUCAACGCCUCGACGUGGCACGCCAACGUCACCUCGCCGGCUCUGUAUCGCUUCAUGGACGCCGCGAAAAGCGACAAUGACACGUUGCCGUCUACAACCGGCGUAAACGACAUGACCUUCGAUCCAGAGAAUGAGUUGGUGUACCAGACGCAAGGCAUCCAAACGGUCAACAUCAUCAUCAGCAACUUUGAUGACGGCGCACACCCGUUCCAUAUCCAUGGGCACAAGUUCUUCGUACUGAAGCAGUCUCCAACGGGCUACCCACCCGAAGACAUGGCCGAGUUGGAAGCAGAACUCGCGGCUUCGGGUGUUCUGGAGAACCCGCUCAGAAGGGACACCGUAACAGUCCAAGGCUACGGGUGGGCAGUCGUCAGAGUCGUGCUGGACAAUCCGGGCGUGUGGACGUUCCACUGCCACAACGCAUGGCACGCAGAGGCGGGCAUGGUAAUGAUGAUUGCAGCGAGAGUCGAGACGGCCAAGGAGUGGAAGGUGGCGAGCGAAGAGGAAGUAAGGCUCUGCGGGUUGCCUGGGGUCGAGAAAGGGGUUCGGCCUAGUGAUGACAUUUGGUUUGGGAACUUUGGUUGA